AACUACAGUGCUUUAUUUAGAGAAGUGCAUAUGUUUCAUCCCAAAGCAUGAAGAGGAGAUAACAGGAGGGUCAAGGGUACAGAGGUAAUAGGGAAGUAGCCAACAUAAAUCAAAAAGGCUUUGAAAAACAUGACAGUGAUCUUGGACUUCUAUCCUAUAGGCAAUAGAUAACAAUUGUGAAAAGCAGCAAAAGGUGUGAAUCAUGUUUUUACUUAGACUGUGUUGCAGGACAUAUUGAGAGCAAUCAAGAUAGAGACAAAGAGUUCUGUAGAACAGAGUUGGCAAUCUUUGAGCUAGUGAACUAUUGAGCAAAGUUAUAAUGAGACAGAAUAAAAUAUUCUAGGGUCAACUGUUUUUUUCUUUUUCUUUACCUGUUACAAAUAUCCUAACUUUCAUACAUUUUCUUUUACACGUAGGUAAUUUGGGAAUUGUUACAUUAUCAUUUUAAGUAUUUCUCUAUGAACCUUAUACUAUUGCAUCAUUUAAAAAUCUAUACUGAGUCUCUCUCUUACUAAAAGUGAGUUUAAUUCACAAACGUUUAUUAUUUAUUUCUUGCAUUUAUCUCUUCCAUUUUCUGUAUUUCCUUUUUGUUUCUUCUGUUUCCCUCCUUUCCUAACAUCUAUUGGAUAGACUGAGUUUUACUCUGCUGGUUUGAAAAUUACACAUGAUUUUAGUCUUCUGGUAUUUUUCUCAACUUCUGUUCUUAUCUUUAGUAUUCACUGAUUUAUUUCCUACAGUAAUAGAAUUCUAAAGCUUGUCAGUAGCUAUAUUUUCCUUAUCCCCUUCACUUUCAACAGAAAUGCCUUAGUAAGCUCUUUGGUCUCUCUGGACUACAACACCAACCUGACUCAUGUUGUUGUUUUCUAAGUUUAAACAUUGAUAGACUUUUGUUGUCAUUAAUUACUUGUUUAGACAAAAAAUUUUACUAAAUUAUUUACUGAUAUUUAUUUCCUAUAUCUUAUUUGCUUCUAACCGGAUAAUUUCCUCCAACAGUGCUUUUAACAUGUGUGUUAGGUGGUCUGAGUCUUAGUAUCCACUUCAUGCAAAUAUGUAAGUGAUAAUUAAAAACACUGUUUACAUUAAACACUUUGAAAAUAUAUUCUACCACCUCUUGCACCUAGUGCUGCUGUUCAGAAGUCUGAGCUGGAUGUGUAGUUGGUCAUCGUCAGCAUACAGAGGAUAACUGAAGCCACGUGUGGGAGGGAAGAUCACCAACUGGGACACAGAUGGGGGAAGAGAAGGGAGCCAAGAAUGAACUCUGAGAAAAGCCAACAUUUAAGGAGUGGAUACGAGAAGAGGCAUUGUGAGCUAGACUGAAAAGGAAUGGCCAGAGUUUUGCAAAUGUAAUCAGAAAUGCAUCAUGAAAACCAACAAAGGGAGCAGUUUCAACAAAUAGGGAUGAUCAGCAACAACCUAAAAUAUUACAGAGAGAUCUAGCAAUACAAGUAUUUCAAAUUGUUCUUCAGAUGUAACAAUAUAUCCAAGUUACUGCAUUUUCUUUAACCUUCUAAGAAAGGUUUGUAUCAUUUUUCUAUGUUGGUGGGUGGUGAGGGCCAGGGAGAGGAGUAGGAAACCAGUAAAAAAGAGGACAUAAAAAAGAGAGGAGACAAAUAGAACAUCAAGGUAUUUAGAGAGAAUGGAAGAUAAAGAGCACAAGUGCACAGACAUUACCCUUUACAAACGUAAUGAGCAGUGUUCCGUGAUGAUUAAAGAAAUAGUCAUGAAGGCAAGCAUUUGAUGGAGUUCAUGUCUAGGAGCUUCUAUGUUCUUUGUGAAGUAGGAAUCAAGGCCUUUUGCUGAUAGAUAAGGAGUGCAGUGAGUCAGCAGCGCCAGUAGUAUUGCAACUAUUAAUGAUACCAGUAAAUAGUACCAGUAGUACUGGUCUACUUGUUAUGAGGUAUCUCUUUGUAUCUGGAAUUGGUGGGUUCUUGGUCUCACUGACUUCAAGAAUGAAGGCCCGCACCCUAGCAGUAAGUGUUACAGUUCUUAAAGAUGGCAUGUCCAGAGUUUCUUCCCACCGUGAUCUCGCUGACUUCAGGAGUGAACCUGCAGACCUUCACAGUGAGCGUUACAGCUCUUACAGGCAACGCAUCUGCAGUUGCUCGUCCCUCCCGGCGGGUUCCUCGCUGGCCACAAGAGUGAAGCUACAAACCUUCGUGGAUAUGGUGACUACAGCUUCUACGUACCUGUUUGAAGCCACAGAAAAAAGAUUUUUUUUCAAAAAUGUAUCUAUAUUAAUUCCUGAGAAUUGGAAGGAAAAUCCUCAGUACAAAAGGCCAAAACAUGAAAACUAUAAACAUGCUGAUGUUAUAGUUGCACCACCUACGCUCCCAGGUAGAGAUGAACCAUACACCAAGCAGUUCACAGAAUGUGGAGAGAAAGGCGAAUACAUUCACUUCACCCCUGACCUUCUACUUGGAAAAAAACAAAAUGAAUAUGGACCACCAGGCAAACUGUUUGUCCAUGAGUGGGCUCACCUCCGGUGGGGAGUGUUUGAUGAGUACAAUGAAGAUCAGCCUUUCUACCGUGCUAAGUCAAAAAAAAUCGAAGCAACAAGGUGUUCCGCAGGUAUCUCUGGUAGAAGUAGAGUUUAUAAGUGUCAAGGAGGCAGCUGUCUUAGUAGAGCAUGCAGAAUUGAUUCUACAACAAAACUGUAUGAAAAAGAUUGUCAAUUCUUUCCUGAUAAAGUACAAACAGAAAAAGCAUCCAUAAUGUUUAUGCAAAGUAUUGAUUCUGUUGUUGAAUUUUGUAACGAAAAAACCCAUAAUCAAGAAGCUCCAAGCCUACAAAACAUAAAGUGCAAUUUUAGAAGUACAUGGGAGGUGAUUAGCAAUUCUGAGGAUUUUAAAAACACCAUACCCAUGGUGACACCACCUCCUCCACCUGUCUUCUCAUUGCUGAAGAUCAGUCAAAGAAUUGUGUGCUUAGUUCUUGAUAAGUCUGGAAGCAUGGGGGGUAAGGACCGCCUAAAUCGAAUGAAUCAAGCAGCAAAACAUUUCCUGCUGCAGACUGUUGAAAAUGGAUCCUGGGUGGGGAUGGUUCACUUUGAUAGUACUGCCACUGUUGUAAAUAAGCUAAUCCAAAUAAAAAGCAGUGAUGAAAGAAACACACUCAUGGCAGGAUUACCUACAUAUCCUCGGGGAGGAACUUCCAUCUGCUCUGGAAUUAAAUAUGCAUUUCAGGUGAUUGGAGAGCUACAUUCCCAACUCGAUGGAUCCGAAGUACUGCUGCUGACUGAUGGGGAGGAUAACACUGCAAGUUCUUGUAUUGAUGAAGUGAAACAAAGUGGGGCCAUUGUUCAUUUUAUUGCUUUGGGAAGAGAUGCUGAUGAAGCAGUAAUAGAGAUGAGCAAGAUAACAGGAGGAAGUCAUUUUUAUGUUUCAGAUGAAGCCCAGAACAAUGGCCUCAUUGAUGCUUUUGGGGCUCUUACAUCAGGAAAUACUGAUCUCUCCCAGAAGUCCCUUCAGCUUGAAAGUAAGGGAUUAACACUGAAUAGUAAUCCCUGGAUGAACGACACUGUCAUAAUUGAUAGUACAGUGGGAAAGGACACGUUCUUUCUCAUCACAUGGAACAGUCUGCCUCCCAGUAUUUCUCUCUGGGAUCCCAGUGGAACAAUAAUGGAAAAUUUCACAGUGGAUGCAACUUCCAAAAUGGCCUAUCUCAGUAUUCCAGGAACUGCAAAGGUGGGCACUUGGGCAUACAAUCUUCAAGCCAAAGCAAACCCAGAAACAUUAACUAUUACAGUAACUUCUCGAGCAGCAAAUUCUUCUGUGCCUCCAAUCACAGUGAAUGCUAAAAUGAAUAAGGACGUAAACAGUUUCCCCAGCCCAAUGAUUGUUUACGCAGAAAUUCUACAAGGAUAUGUACCUGUUCUUGGAGCCAAUGUGACUGCUUUCAUUGAAUCACAGAAUGGACAUACAGAAGUUUUGGAACUUUUGGAUAAUGGUGCAGGCGCUGAUUCUUUCAAGAAUGAUGGAGUCUACUCCAGGUAUUUUACAGCAUAUACAGAAAAUGGCAGAUACAGCUUAAAAGUACGGGCUCAUGGAGGAGCAAAUACUGCCAGGCUAAGAUUACGGCCUCCACUGAAUAGAGCCGCGUACAUACCAGGCUGGGUAGUGAACGGGGAAAUUGAAGCAAACCCGCCAAGACCUGAAAUUGAUGAGGAUACUCAGACCACCUUGGAGGAUUUCAGCCGAACAGCAUCCGGAGGUGCAUUUGUGGUAUCACAAGUCCCAAGCCUUCCCUUGCCUGACCAAUACCCACCAAGUCAAAUCACAGACCUUGAUGCCACAGUUCAUGAGGAUAAGAUUAUUCUUACAUGGACAGCACCAGGAGAUAAUUUUGAUGUUGGAAAAGUUCAACGUUAUAUCAUAAGAAUAAGUGGAAGUAUUCUUGAUCUAAGAGACAGUUUUGAUGAUGCUCUUCAAGUAAAUACUACUGAUCUGUCACCAAAGGAGGCCAACUCCAAGGAAAGCUUUGCAUUUAAACCAGAAAAUAUCUCAGAAGAAAAUGCAACCCACAUAUUUAUUGCCAUUAAAAGUAUAGAUAAAAGCAAUUUGACAUCAAAAGUAUCCAACAUUGCACAAGUAACUUUGUUUAUCCCUCAAGCAAAUCCUGGUGACAUUGAUCCUACACCUACUCCUACUCCUACUCCUACUCCUACUCCUACUCCUACUCCUACUCCUACACCUACUCCUACUCCUACUCCUACUCCUACUCCUACUCCUGAUAAAAGUCAUAAUUCUGGAGUUAAUAUUUCUACGCUGGUAUUGUCUGUGAUUGGGUCUAUUGUAAUUGUUAACUUUAUUUUAAGUACCACCAUUUGAACCUUAACGAAGAAAAAAAUCUUCAAGUAGACCUAGAAGAGAGUUUUAAAAAACAAAACAAUGUAAGUAAAGGAUAUUUCUGAAUCUUAAAAUUCAUCCCAUGUGUGAUCAUAAACUCAUAAAAAUAAUUUUAAGAUGUCGGAAAAGGAUACUUUGAUUAAAUAAAAACACUCAUGGAUAUGUAAAAACUGUCAAGAUUAAAAUUUAAUAGUUUCAUUUAUUUGUUAUUUUAUUUGUAAGAAAUAGUGAUGAACAAAGAUCCUUUUUCAUACUGAUACCUGGUUGCAUAUUAUUUGAUGCAACAGUUUUCUGAAAUGAUAUUUCAAAUUGCAUCAAGAAAUUAAAAUCAUCUAUCUGAGUAGUCAAAAUACAAGUAAAGGAGAGCAAAUAAACAACACUU